AUGCAAGUACAGGUUGAACUGCACUCAGUGCGCAUAGUAGUGGAUUUGCUGAUAGGCGAUGUGCUAGUAGGGGGCUUACCAGUAGGGAACGAGGUAGUGGAAGAUGAGGUGGAAGAUGAGGUGGUGGAAGAUGAGGUGGUGGAAGAUGAGGUGGUGGAAGAUGAGGUGGUGGAAGAUGAGGUGGUGGAAGAUGAAUUUGCGCUAGAUUUUGUGGAUGAUUCCUCCAAUUCAGCACGGCACCAGCUGCCCUUUUUGAGCCCUUUCUUGAGCGUGCAGGAUGACUGCUCUCCACCCUGA